CUCAUCAAUGCUUUUUCUCUCUCUCACUAUCUCUUUUCUCUCCCUCAUUAAAUCCGGCCACAUUUAUUUUUGAUUUCCAAUGCUUCUCUGUUCAUCCUUCAACCAGAAUAUUUUCCACACACGUCUUCCAAGCUUGCACUCCUCCCAAAUAUCACCUCUCAACCACUCACAAUAAUUUCACACCAACAAUUCAUGGCAAUUUUGAAUUUCAAAUUCAAAAGUUUGUGGCUAUCUAUACUAUCCCUAAAUACCUUUAUAUCAUUUUCAACAGAUCUGUUUAUCAAAGAAAAACUCACCUGACUUUUCCUUGAACAAUCUAUGGCUCCCUCCACAAUUUUCCUUUUCCGACCUCCUUCUCCGCUCCCAGCCCGAGCCAAAAUCUGCGAUCUACCUCCGAUCACUACCUGAACUCCUUCUCCUACCCCUUGCACCGAAUCCUCCUAUCCCCAGAGCCCCAUGAUUUAUGAUUUAUGGCUCAGGUAUCUUUUCCAUGGCAUUCCAUCUCUAACUGCAUCGCUAGACGUCACUGUCACCGCCGACGAUAACGCUUUUUUAACCUCCGAGACCCAAUCCCUCGACUUCUACCUUUCCCCCUUCGAGCUAAGAUUUCCGUUCGAUUCCGAUUCUAAAGAGACUAUGACCAAGUACAGAUUUCUUCAAGAACCUAAUACAGGGAAAGUCAGUUUGACAGUACGAGUGUUGAUUUUGCAUCUGAUUUCUUAUUACAAAGAUUUUUUGAACUAUGGGUACACCAAGUGAGAAAAGUUGGCCAUGAUUAUCCAAAUUACCUUGCUAUAAAGCAAAUUUUGUUAAGCAACCGUAUAAUAUGCUAAGGAAGAUAUUUCCAGCAAAAUCUUUCACUGGUUCCCCAGUUUUAUCUGAAUUGGGAUAUAUGGCAGAGUUUGAUAUGAAGGCCAUUAUUGGUAGUAAUCUAUCAAAUAUUUCCAACUUCAACUAUCAUUGGUAGUAAUCUACUACAUUAACUUGGGUUAGCUUUAAUUGGUCUAAAAACCAACUAACCACAUGUAGGAUCUCAUUAUGGUAGGUACCUUUAAAUUUUCAUGGCAUGGCAUUAGGAAGUUUUUCCUUAUGCAGAACUCUCAAGUCCUCGAAAACAUACCAAUUCAACUGGAUAUAAUCAAAAUAGUGCAUCGUUUCUAAACACACUUUCAAGUUAUUUCUAUUUCAGCAUGUUAGAAUCUCCCGUGCUUACCAUUAUUGGAGUAUACAGUAUACAGGUUGUGAAUGAGAUACUUGGCUGGGCUAUGAGGUUCCUUCACACAGGAUGCUCUCAAAGAUUUCUUAAAUUGUUGGAACAAUACAAGCAAUCUUCACUCUACCAUGUCCCCAUCUAUUUGGGAAAAUUGUAUACAUGUAUACACUCCUGAUCAGACAGUCAAUGACCAUUUGAGCUAAGUCUUCUAUAUAGAAUUUCUUGACUACAAAAUCUCUAUUUGUUUGAACAUGAUUAUGAUGGUUAAGUUUUUUCUUUAUACUCAAAUGCAGUUUUGUCCUAGCUGUUUUCAUGAGAUCUUUUGUGUUUGGUCUUUUGACUAGAAUUGUCUCUAUUACUGUAAAAUGUUUUUCUAACUUAUCUUAAUAUUCUAACUCUUCACCAAUCUUUAUAAGCAUAUACCCGUUUUAUGCAGGUCCAAAAUGGUAGUUUUUAAAUUUUCAAUGAAUGGUAGUUUAAUUUUGUGUCUCUUUUUCUCUUUGUGCUUCUCUCUUGAUAUGCUAUAUUUAAUUUUCCUUACCUUUUUCAGGAAAUUCAUUCACCAGAAUCCGUCCUUCUACAUGGAGCUUUCACUAAGACUUCCACCCUAAGCUUCACAUAUAGAGUUCCUGUUUAUUUUUCUGCUUUGUUUGUUUCUUUUAAAAUGAUGAUAUGUGAUUUCAAUUUUUUCUUUACCUUUUGUUCAGCAUCAAAGAAAUUUGUCUGUUGGAGAAGACUUCCACUGUCAAUCUACAAUGUGAAGACUCAGCAUCUAAAUAAUAUACCGAAAAAUUUACUUCAAGCAAUGGCUAUGAGGAUGUCCAUGUCUACAUUUACCUUCAUGUUCUUCUUAUUAUUAUUUUAGACAACAUUUGAAACCGAAACUGGGUGACAUUUUUAUGUGCAAUAUCAUGGGCCAAUUCACCUCACAAUAA